AAAAAAAAUGUUGCAUACAAUAUAGCUGAGUACUGGAAUUAUUUAUUUUCUACAGUAAUUGUUGCUCGUCUUUAUCAAGGGUGCCAAUAAUUUCGGGCCCCACUGUACCGCCAUAAUAUAUAUUCCCAUAAUUAAAGCACAUGCUUAUAUCAUUAUAACACAUAUUCUAUGGAAAAUAUUACAAACUGGACCAUAAAAACCUUUAUAGAGAUGAUGGAAACUAACUCUCAUGAAGAGGAACUUAUUCUUUCAUAACAGUUUAAAAACAGGAUCUAGGUUUACUAUGAUCCUUAUAUAACACCACCCACAUCAGAAUUAUCAGAAGGCUUGAUACAGCAAAGAGGAAGCCUAAAAAAUAUAAACCAUUACAUUGCUUUCAUUUUCCCCUCACAUCGAGGCAGGACCAUUCAAACCCAGGCAAUGACUUUAUGUCGUUUUGCAGCGCUACAUUAUUCUGCUAUCUUCACAAGGAUGCAGGUGAAACUCAUACUAAUGGCAUUGUGUGCAGUGGUGUCCUCUUUCAAACAACCACUGAGCACUGAGCUGGAUGGCAUCUGGGAGGAGUGGAAAACCCAACACAGCAAACAGUAUUCCAAGGUGGAUGAGGGCUUCAGAAGGAUGAUCUGGGAGACAAACCAAGGUCUCAUCUGUCAACACAACCUGGAGGCAGAAAUGGACAAGCACACCUUCACUCUGGGAAUGAACAAGUUUGGAGACAUGGGGUCUUGUGGAUCUUGCUAUGCAUUUGCUGCAGUCGGAGCCCUGGAGGGCCAGUUGUUCAAGCAGACAGGCACACUGUUGCCUCUGAGUGAGCAGAACCUGGUAGACUGCAGUGGAGACUAUCACAAUAAUGGCUGUGACGGUGGCUUGGCCAUGAGGUGUUUUAGUUACAUCUCAGAUCAUGGGAUUAUGUCGGAGAGGAAAUAUCCUUACACUGCAGAGGUGGGCCCUUGUGAAUACCAGAAUGCAACAAAGGAAGCCUGGUGCAAGGGCUUCAACAGAGUUCCUUCUCUGGAUGAAAAAGUGUUUCGAGACACUUUGUAUGAGGUUGGCCCUAUCGCUGUGUCUGUGAACGCCACACAUCCCUCCUUCAAGUUCUACAAAGAUGGUGAGCUCGGUGUAUAA